GAGAUGCAUAGUUUCGUAUGUUUAUUUUUCUUUCAAUUAUUAUUAUGAAAUAUUUGAUAAACAAAAAAUACAUAUUUACAUAACAAACUCAUCUACUUAUAAUAUCUUCGUUACAAAUGCAUUCCUUCAUUAACACUCUAUUAUCACGGAUACGAAACACUGUUGUUAAGAGUUUAAAAAUGAAUAUUAAAAUUAUUAUUGUAAUUACUUUAUUGGUAGUUAUAGUGAGUGAAGUAUCUUCGGAACAUCCUCCACUGCUCUACUACAGACACAUGUACCUUUGGUUUCCCCAAUUAACGAAACAUCGUGGAUUGGCGCUGCUCUUUCAACUGAUCAAGAACUAUUAUGUGCCAACAUACUGGUACGAUAUCGGCGGCUGGUGGCGCUACGACUUCGGUGGGAGGCACGCCCUGGACAAGAAAGCUGCUAGGGAAGGCAUCAAGAUCCUUUGGAAGUCUAUAUAUAACUUUUACAAAAGUGACGCCUUCUUUUACCCGCCAAGACUCAGGAGAAACUUGUACUACAAUUCUUUCACCUACUGGACUGGACGCGGGUGGUGGUUCUUUGGCAAGAUUUAACAAGAUAGCUAAAAAGUGGAACCUGUAUAGACACACUCACUCUUUGUGUUAGAAAGAAAUUCAAAAUUAAUCAUUCUUAGCGCGA